AGCAGUUGCACCAACCACAGCUUUACAUAGCAGCAGCAACACUCUCAGAUUCGCGAAGAAAGCGCGUACUUGGAAAAGCACCCGUUUUCAUCAGCUUUGUCAUAUUUUUGUUGUUCGUUCUGUGUUUUCGUGGACCAAUCGUUGGAAGAAAAAGAAGCCUGUGUCAAUUUUUUAGUCUAUGAAUCCGCAUUACGCAGAAGCGCCGCCGCCGCCUCAGCAGCAGCAGCAGCGGCCCAAGGUUGACCUGGACGACUUGUUCGGCGGCGUGAGCUCCCCUGCACCGUCGGCCAAUGCGAACAACGGCAGCGGGUACGCCGACGCGGCGGGUGCGCCGCCGCCGUCCUACGAUGCAUUGGGCGGCAACGGCUACGGCGCGCACCCGGCCGCUUCAAACGAAGUCUACGCUGCACAACCCCCACCUCCACCCCCACUACCACAGCAGCAGCAGCAGCAGCAGCAGCAGGGGUACUACGGUGUGCCCCCUUCCCUGCCAUCGAUGCAGAGCUACGCACCUGGGACGGCACCCGGUCCACAGCCGGUGCACCCCAGCUACAACGCCUCCUCCGCUGCGUACGGGAUGAACCCGGCGCUCCAGCAGCAGCAACACCAGCAACAGCAGCAGCUGGCAUACAACGGCGCUGCAGCAGGGGCAGCGGUGGCCGUUCCGCAGGUCCCGCCGUCCCCGCAGGUGUACCUUCCACAGUUGCAGCCCAGCGUGUCGUCGCACCCCAGCAGCCCCGGCAGCCCUCCCGCGGCCCCUGCGGCCGCACCGGCCGUCGAGGAAGACGAGCGGGCGCAGUUGGAUCGCAUCAUCCGUCUGCGCCGCGAGCUAGAACAGGAGCAAGAGCGGGAGCAGCGCAAGAAGGACGAGUUGCAGACGUGGGGAUGCACGGUGUGCACCUUCCGCAACAAGCUGGGCGUGGUGAAGUGCGAGAUGUGCGGGUCGACGCGGCCGGGCUACGCGGCUCCGACGACGCCGUCGCCCUCCUCCUCGUCCGUGGCGGCGGCCCCUCCUGCGCAGCCGACUGCUGCUGCCACCCAGCCCAGUCGUGCUGGGGUAACGGCGUGGCAGUGCGGGAUGUGCCUGGCGCCGAACGACGCGAGUGCGGAGCGGUGUAAGGUGUGCUACGCCUACCGCAGCAGCGGAACGCCGGUGCCCACCACGGUGUCGAAGGCGGGCAGCGGCAGUGGCGGCGGCAUGGGUGUCGCGUCCAACACGCCCUUCACAACGCGUUGGAAGUGCAGCGUGUGCGGGGAGGUCAACGCGCCGUCGGACGCGCACUGCAAGAUCUGUCACGGCUUUCAGCGCAACGGGACGCCGGUCAUGGAGGAGGGCGGUGGACCGAGCGCGGCCAUCGGCGGCCACAACAACACCAACGGCAGCGGCGGUGACCCCCCGCCGCCGACCUCGUGGGCGUGCUCCGUCUGCACCUUCGAGAACCCGAUCUCGGCGGCGGUGUGCACGGCGUGCGAGAGCGGGCAGCGUCCGCGCCACCUAGCCCCGAAGCGCGACGAGAAGAAGGCGCACGCGAGCUCCAAGCAGCACGGUGGCGAAUCCGAGAAAAAGACGGGCGACGACAAGAAAGCGGCAAAGCAGUGGCCCUGCCCCACCUGCACCUUCCACAACCCGAUGGGGCGCAAAAAGUGCGACAUGUGCGGUGCGAAGCGGCCGGAGAAGUACGCCUCCGCUGCGGACACGGCCGAGGCCCGCGCGGAGGCGAGUCGUGAGGCGCAAGACGACGAGGGCGAGGUGGCGUGGCAGGACGACGACUCGGUCACGGAGUGCAACAACUGCCAUACCACCUUCACCUUCCUCACGCGGCGCCACCACUGCCGGCUGUGCGGGUACGUGUUCUGCGCGCACUGCUCGAGCUACAUGCUGAACUUGACGGAGGGCGGCUUCCCGCAGCGCGUGUGCCUGAACUGCUACAAGGCACGGAAGGAAGAGGAGAAGAAAGUGGUGAAGGGACGCAAGUGGCUGGCAAACUAG